AUGUCUACCGACUACAAUUACGAUGACAAGGGACAAUUCUUCCCGUUCUUUGUCCUGACCCUCACCAGUCUUGUCACACUCCCUCUCACAUAUAACCUUCUCCGACCGAGCAAGGGCCUCGAAAACACCGCUCCCCGGAUAAAAUCCGAGUUCAAGCCGGAACAUGCAGAGCUUAUUGAGGCGCAGAAGCGCAAACGCCUGCGCAAGGAACGCCGGAUCAAGCGCAUAGUCACCGUCAUCGUCGGUUACGCUGUUAUGGCAUGGAUGGUAUACUUGAUCAUCGUUACCGCGAGAGUUACUCCCAAAGUUUGGGACCCGUAUGACAUUCUGGGUGUUUCAAGGAGCGCCGACGAGAGAGCCAUCUCAAAGCACUACAAGCGCCUUUCACUUAUCUACCAUCCGGACAAGAUUCGCCCGGACCCCGCCAAGAAUGAGACUAUUGAGAUGCUUAACGACCGUUUCGUCGAGUUGACCAAGGCUUACAAGGCGCUCACUGAUGAGGAAGUGCGUAACAACUACAUCCAGUAUGGUCACCCUGACGGCAAGCAAAGCAUGAGCAUCGGUAUCGCUCUGCCCACGUUCAUUGUUUCGGAGGGAAACUCCAAGUAUACUCUGCUGGUCUAUGGUGCUCUGCUUGGCGUGCUGCUUCCUUACAUCGUCGGAAAAUGGUGGUAUGGCUCUCAGCGCUACACCAAGGAACGGGUUUUGGUCGCAAGUGCCGGAGAUAUCUUCCGGGAGUACAGAGAGGACAUCACGGAUGGCGGUAUUGUCGACGCCUUGUCCACUGGCGCUGAAUUUAAGGAGAUGCUGCAGGGACCGAAGACGGAUGCUGGAUUGGCCAAACUCGAGAAGAAGGUCCUCGCUGAGGACUUGUCAUUCAUUUCGCCCGAAGACCGAGAAGUUAUCAAGAGUCUGGAUGAAUCCAGCAGACGCAAGGCCCUGGCGUUGCUGUGGGCUUACCUUGGUCGCAUCGACCUGGACGACACUACGCUCAACGGAGAAAAGUACGAAGCUGCCCCCAUUGCUUUGUCGCUGAAUGAGGCCUUCACCGCUAUUGCACUUGCGUUCGGCAACGUUCGGCCAAUCCUGGGUUCUUUCCGCACCUCUCAGCAUCUUAUUCAAGCUGUUGCUCCAGGAUCCUCGCCCCUUUUGCAAUUGCCUCACUUCACCGAAGAGGUUGUCAAGUCCGUCCAGGGCGCUGACGCCAAGGAGCACUACACCGUCCAGAAGUUCAUGAGCCUCCCCGAGGAGAAGCGUCGCAGCCUCACGGUUGGCGCAGGUCUCCUGUCUGAGAAGCAGUACACCGCAGCCACCACCGUCGCCAAGCAGCUCCCCGUUCUCGAAGUCUCCCGUGCCUUCUUCAAGGUUAUGGGUGAGAAGGUCAUCACGCCUAGCAGUCUGGUUCAACUGGUCGUCAAGGCCCGCUUUGUCCCCCCCGGUUACUCGAACGUCCCGGAAGUCAACCCAGCCGAUCUGGAAGACAUUGACCCGGAUGAGGAUGAUCUCGACGCUAUCAUGGGCCGUAAACCCGCCAAGAACAGAACCACCAAGCUCGUGAACGGCGUCAAGGUCGAGGAGAAGGUCGAGGCUAUCCAGCCGCCCUUGGCCCACGCCCCUUACCUAGCUCGCGACCACUCUCCCCGGUGGCACAUCUUCCUGGCUGAUGCCAAACAGGGCAAGAUGGCCGUCCCGCCCUUUACCUUCACCACCUUCGACAAGCCCGUGUUUGACGCAGAUGGCAAGCCUACCUUCAACGUCCAGACCCUCAAGAUGCAAUUCCAGGCUCCUCCCCAGGUCGGAGACUUCAACUUCGUCCUGAACCUCCUCUGUGACAGCUACCUGGGUCUCGACACCAAGAUGGAAGUCACUCUCCACAUUGACGACCCCGCCAAGGCAGCCGCUUUGGACGAGGAAGACGACAUCAGUGAACCCGAUGAAGACUCGAUAGCCGGUCAAAUGCAGGCCCUGAAGACCGGCCAACCUCCCAAGAAGAAGGCCAGAAAGCCUUCCGAGGAAUCCACCGACGACGAGAGUGAUACCGACGGAGAUGCAGGAGACACCAGCGACACGAACACGGAGACCGACAUUGAUGAUUAA